AAAAUGAAGGAGAAUUUCUUCCUGCAGAAUGCAGAGGCACCUGUCAAAUAUUGCCAGGCUGAACUUAGGCAGAUUUCAGGGCCCCUGAUGGAAAGCAUUUUGAGAGGAACUUUCUCUGUGCCUGGAGGGCACAAUCUCUACAUGGAAGCAAAAAACAAGGUUGAAUGGGACUAUGAGCUGGUGUCCAGGAAAGGAGUUAAGGUGAACAAGGUCCUCCAGAGCUUCCUGCAGUCACUGGCAGCAAUAAAGGAAUCCAUCCUGCAGGCAGACAAAGCCCUCACUGAUGGGGAGAAGGUCAUAGCAGCUGAGCAUGCCAAGAAUCAGGCAACUGAGAAGGAACAGGAGCUGCUAAGACAGAAACUGAAGGAACUGCAGCAAAUAAUGGAGGCUCAAAAUAGAACCUUCCAAGAAAACAUAGCCCAACUGCAAGAGAAGAUGGAGAGGGAAAGAGAAAACCUUCUGAGUGAGCAGGAAAGGAUACUGGAACAGCAGCUGAAGAUAAGUCUACACAGAGCCUGGGCAGUGCCUGAUUGAGAAACACUAGUUCCUCAGACAGAGAAGAAGAAAAAUUUUAACCAAAUCAAAAUUUUAACCCUCAUGAUCCUGGAGGGAAAUCCAAAGGCAUGUGAUUCACUGAAACGUCAAAUAAACCUGGAUUGUGCUGAAGCCCUAAAUCUAUAAGACUCCAGCACCUUCUGUAGCUUUAGAGUUUGGAGGGUACAAAUAACACGCCUCAGGCUCCCGGACUGCUGUUUGUGGUGAUAUACGGUCUCUUUGUGCCCCCAAGUGAAUAGGACCUUAGUCCUAUAGUCCUUAACAUGCUUAGUACAAUCUUCAAAGAGACCUGAAAUAGAUCCAUAUGGUCUUGAGAGUAUCAUAUUGUGCCUGAUGGGAACUAUG